AUGUCCGGUGAAUUUAAGAAUGACCAGCGAGGCCACGGAGGUCCUAGAGGUCGCAAUGGUGGCAACGGCCACAAUAAACACCAUAACAGAGACCAUAUGGACCAUGGCUUCAAUCAGGGCUCCCGUAAUAAUUGGAACAAUAAUCCACACCAAAGAAACAACCAGUCCCAUCAGGGUAAUGGCAAUAAUACUCACACCAACAACAAAAAGGGCCGCCAUAACAAACACAGUAGGAAUGGUCCAUCAAAUGAGACCUGGAAGGAUAACAGGCCAAGCCGGAAUGGGCUUCCGAAUGAGAACUGGAAUGGUAAUGCGAAUCCCUCGUUCAGUGACAGCAAAUCCUAUGAGAACCAUCGCAACCAGCCUCAGAGCUAUGGUUUCACCCAUAGACACAAUAAGAGCCACAGCGGCUACAGUGGCUUCAGAAACAGCUCGCGGCCCAAGAGUGGGUCCGGAGACCACUACCACAAAGCACGUACGUCUGGUAAAUACAUGUGGAAUCCUCGUGAUGAUUCCGAUCACCAGAUGGCUGAGGUAGUCCAUGACCUUACUGGGCUAAGCGAUUUCGGCACUUUGGGACUAGGACGGAAUUCAUCCUUCGGAGCGAUGCCGGAAUCACCUGUUGACGUGAAGAUGGCAGAUGCUCCACCAUUACAUUUGGAAAUAACAACGUCUACAUCAUCGUGGCGGAAGCGAAAUGAAGACAUGCUAUCGCUACUUUAUGAGAAGAGACCCCAAGGCUUUAAUGGCGAUCUCACUGUUAUCAGACAUGCGCUUGACAAUAUGGACAAGGACUAUAGCUCCUUUCUGCGCGCUUCAUUGAAAGAGGAUUCAGGCGGGGACGAAUUGAAGGUCAACCUUGAGGUCUUCAGACUCCAUCUUUCAUUGUGGGUUCACUACUUUGAAAGUGAUUCUGCCGAAAUCUAUGCUCUUCAGCAUGGCUUCAGUGCCAAUUUCCUUGGCCAAGACAACCUCCAGAAGGUCCCUUUGAUCGUGGGCUGGUUUGCCUCAAAUCCUGCCUAUGCUCAACAGGCAUAUCAUGGAUUUAUCUUGCUUUGGAGCAAAUUGGGUGCCCAACGGACGCGCAAACUUGGGCUGGCAACUGUUUGCGAGCUUUUCAUCAAAUCUCUCAGUCGACCCGAACUGCAUGUUCCAAAGUGCCCCCAGGCUGUCUGCGAAGCCAUUGAUACUGUUCGAUUUCCUCCUCCAGACCCUGCACCCCUAGCUCCUGCUCCAGUCCCUCCACCAGCUCCUGCUCUUGCCCCUACUCCAGCCCCUAUGCUUAUCUCCAACCCGAUACCAUACUACGGAAAGCGGUUCAAAACGAUAGGCUCGAUUGUAAAUUCAGGUAAGUGA